UCCUCUCGCGAGACUUGGUGCCGAGAUCUCGCCGCUUGCAGACGUUUGAAAAAUGGCGCUCAAGAUCACAGAAGAGUGGGUCCGGGAGAGGGUCGAGCUCAACCACGACAAGCUCGAUGAUGUGCGUUCUCUGUCACUGCCCGGUACUUACCACGAGAAGAUCACAGAGCUGGGGUCAGCGCUGGAGGGGUUCAGUCGACUGAAGCACCUGGACCUGUCCCGCAAUGCCUUACACAGUCUAGAAGGACUGGCACAGCUGAGAAUGCUGGGAAAACUCAACCUAUAUUAUAACAACAUUGCCACGCUGAAGGAGUUGUUCCGCCUCAGGAGUAACCAACAACUCCAGGAGCUGGACCUGAGACUCAACCCUGUGGCAAAAAAUGAGCCGGACUACAGGUUAUUUGUGGUGCACAUGCUCCCCAACCUCAGGAGACUGGAUGACAGGCCUGUCCGUGACACAGAGAGGAAGGCAGCCAUCCUGCAUUUUAGUUCAGAACAGGCAGUAGAGUUUGCAGAGCAGAUUCUAGGUGCAGAUGCUACAGCAGGACGGCCUACACAACCAAGGGCAGAGUACACCAGAGGCUUGUCCAAGUACUCCACAGCACUUCAUGAUGAUGACAAUGAGAUACUGGACCUGAUGGUGAGAACAGACUGGCAGCCUGGCCAGCCUGUGGGGAUAACUGGCUCUAGUGCCAAAUCAGCCGACAGCCAAGACUACACCAGACAAGAGAAGCGACUGAUGUCCCAGCAGCCCCCUGAUGAUGAUGACUACCUGCUGGGCCCUGUCUCCCAGCCGGCACAAGGACAGCCAGCUCAAUCUGCUACUGCAGGACAAGUUCCCUCCUCUCUGCCCAAGUCUAUCCUGAACCUGUCAGGAGGCAGUGUGUCCAGAGACCCGGGUAUUUACCAGCCCAGGGACAGGGGCAGGGUGAAGUUUGCUGACGAGGUGGUCCACAGUGCUGCUGAUCCAAACCUACAGUUCACAGACGAGCUGCAGGCCUACACCAAGUUCACAUCACAGGGUGUGUUCACCCCUGCACCAGAUUGUGCACAGACAGAGGAGCGUUCAACAGUCCCAGUCAGUCAACCACCAAUAAAAAGUUCUGCUACUGAAUCACGUGAUCAACCUUACUACCAAUCACAGCCAUUACCUAAACUUUACAGCCAAUCACAGCCCACUUUACAAAGUUAUAGCCAGUCAAAAUCUGUGGAACAAGCCCAUAGCCAAUCACAGCCUCUGAUGGAGCCAUCAUCUGAACAGCAUGUAGCUAAGCGGCAGCUAGAGCAGGAGACGGCAGGUGAAACAACAGUAGCCGUGGAUAUCAUCAGGUCAGAGUUCAUGGACCAGCUCCUGACGGUUGUUGACAAGUACUGGAAUGGGUCAGGAUCAUUACACAAGAACCAGAAGUUUCAAGGUCUUGCAAAGAACUUGGUGACGGACUUUGUCUCAAAGUGCACGUCAAAAUAUCAACAUGAGUUUCAGAGAUUAAAUGAAGACAUGGCAGCAUUUGCAGAGGAGAAUGUCAAACUGAGGAGGAGACUGAGCUCUGACGGGGAGGAGAACCUGAGAACCAGGCUGGAGGAAGAGCAGAGAAGUGCAGAGUCUGUACGUGGGAGGUUACAGCAGGCUUUAGAAGAGGGGGAAGUGCUGAAGAAAAGGUUAUUUUCCAUGGAGACAUCAGCAAGUUCACAGUCUCAAGGUGCUGAGGAUUUAAGGAGAAUCGGUGAGCAGAAUAAGCAACUAAACCAGGAAGUGAACAGUUUGAAGCUCCAAUUGGUCAACUACAAGAAAAUGCAGGAGUUGACAUCCAUGCUGCAGGAAAGUCACAAAUCCCUGGUCGCUACUAAUGAACAUCUCCUGAGUGAGCUGGAGCAGACCAGACAGCGCCAUCAGCACGAGGUGGAACAGCUGCACUGGAGUUAUGACCAGCUCAAGAGAACAGCUGAACUGGGCAGCACAGCUACCAGCUAUGGACAGCACAACGGUAUCUUGUGAAACUCUGUGGGGAGACCAAGGUCUCUUACACUAAGUUCCAGAUACGGACAAAAGAUAAUGUUUUUGACAUUCAGACAUUCCCAGUUAGAUAUUUAACCUGGGUAGUGA